AUGACGAUACUCACCAGACCGAGUCGUGUCUUCAAACGGAAGACGUUGACAUCCUCCCCGUCAUCCUCAUUCGAUUCGCUAAUCCAAGUCCAAGAGCCCGAUCUCAGUUAUGAUGAACGUCAGCAAGGGUUUCUACUGAGGAAGCGCAAGACGGUCGUGGCAUAUUGCAAUGAUGCCCGCCGAGAGGCCAUGUCGGACCUGCGGUCCGGCGGGGCUUUUCGCAUUGGCCUUGCACUCUGGACAAUGACUCUCGUGGGCUGUAUUGUCUUUCUCAGCAUCUACGGUGCCUAUUCAACUGCUUUUAAUUGGAGCACUUCGGCGUGCCGGCCGGACGGGUCCUUCAGUCCCUAUGCCGACGGGUAUAGCUAUUGGGCUAUUUCGGGGUUUUUCCAAAUCAACUUGGGCUCUGGAAGCCUUACUUUUACGGAGGUCAAGAUUAUUGAUAUAUCAUGGGACAUUGCCGCAUCGACGCUAAUAAUGGACUUGCAGAUCAUUGGUCGUGGUGGGCAGGCGCUCAUGGCUUUCCUGUCCUGGCGCGCAUUCGCCGACUAUCUGACGACUUCCAUGGAGACUUCACCUGUCACUUACGCGGCAUUCUUCAGUCUCUUCCUCCAGCAAGGGCCCUCAAUUCUAUCGACGUAUCGCCUUGCCCGAGACUUCCUCUCUGGGAGGGGACUCGUCUCCAAAGUCGCCAUGACUUUCAUGGUCCUGAACAUGCUGUUCGUUUUAGGGUGGCCAACAUUCGCAGGUGCCAUGUCUGGUUACGCGACAACCAGUGGGGCUUUCGUUCGGGAUCUGAACGAGAGCUACAUCCCAUUCUCGGAAUUUCACCAACUAGCGUAUAUCAUACAUGAUGGAUGGAGGGUUGGCUUAGAUGGAGAUCAACCCGUCGGUGUCUUGGGCGAACAAUCUACCGAGGAUCCUACGAUUGGCGCCCUUCACGGUUAUAAAUGGUUCCAAGUUGAUUGUUCGGACCGUAGCAGCUACAGUCUCGACAACGUUGAUUGCUCUCUGCAGCAGAACGUUUCGAAUUAUGCUUCACAGUACGGGUUCUACGGCCUAAGUGACGAGGAAUCAAACUUUACAGAUAUCUCACUUCCAAGUCCUACACUCAACAUUUCAGCCUUCUAUUUCGAUCCGUGGAGCGAACUGUUUGGGUGGGAAUGGUCUGAUCCGCGAACUGGCGAGCCUGCACAGCCUUUUGCCAAUCAAUCGAGUAUCUCGUGGACGUACUCGAAUAAUACGUACAGUGUUGACAACGUCCAGACACACGGCAGUUGUCAGCCUGUCCAAGACAGGUUCAAAUGGGGCUUUUCCUUCUUGCAGGUCUUCAUCAUGUUGGUCCUCCUGCUAGUAUGGACUAUUGGGACCUACCUCAUGUGGCUCAAGGCCCAUCUGCAACUGCCGCUCCAAGAACAGCCCGAGGUCCCCAGGGGCUGGAGAUCCGUACUUAUUCUGGCUGAGACGAUCAGCAGAGAAAUCAAGGAAAAUGGCCUGGAUGCUAGUUCGUUGACGGAUCGGGAGCUGAAGCGCGAAAUUCGCAAGCAUCUGCAAGGAGGGUCCAUCUCAUUCGACAUGCCGCUCGCAAGAAGCGGUUACAGCUUUCGCCACGGCCUUUGGCUAUGGAUGCAAAGAGACAAAGUUGUAGACGACCUCCAUAAACCUUUUCAUGUACCUCUUUGUCACUUCGUCAAGUUCGGCGAGCCUCCCAACCCCAGCAAAGACGCACAGGAUGCGCUCUUCGGGGUCGCUCUUUCGCAGAGCCAGGAGGAGGUCGAAAAGAGCAUCGAGAGGACCGUUGUCAUCGAGAACUGCGGUGAAUCGGCCUCGGCCGUGCCGCCACCGAUAUCUGGGAGGCGCUACUUAUUGUUGUCGUCGGGGCCGGCGGCGCUGCGGAGAUCGACGAGCAAAGUACAAACCAGGCCGCGCCAUGCCUGGGGUGGCUCGAGAUCGCCCGGGACCGUGGCAAGUUCCCACAUGCAAUUCGAGAAUACCCAUAACUCCCAACCACACCAUUACAUCUACUGCCGCCCCGUUCAUUUCCAAGAGGCAACGACUCACCCGAGUCCUCACUCGUUCGAACGACCGAACAUGCAAUUCUCCCCCACUCUCGCCGCCAUCAUCCCUCUGCUCACCAUCGCAGCCGCCGACGACGGCAAGGUCAAAGUCUACACCGAGAAAAAAAUGCGGGGGCUCGAGCCAGGAGAUCAAGAUUGA